AUGGACUUCGCCUAUUCCCCGCACCGCGACACGGGUGGCACUCUGCACCUGCCUUCUCCCACGCACCACGCUUACCCCGCCCACUUCUCAUCCUCCUUGCAACAGCUGCGACGCUCCCUCUCGCGAUCGCCGUCAAAGCCCUCGCGCUUCCACCUGCGCAUGGGCAAGACAGACGCGCCUGGUUCACCAAUCUCGCCGCUGGCCACGUCGCGCGCCUUUAGCCCCAAAACACUCAAACAGACGAGUCCCAUCGCCGCCUACACCGAGUCGCCAUUUGGAUCGCAGGCGCCUCAGACGACUAAGAAGUCCAAAUUCGCCGUGCGCCGCACACUAGGAGAUCGAAUCCGCUCGUCGCCGCGCAAUCGCAACACCACCACACCGAAAAGCCCGCGUCGCGCGCUGGUUGAAUCCACUGAUCGCGCAAACGCUUCGCCUUUUGUUUCACGGCCCCUCUUUGGCGAAGAAAACAUGCCGGUGCGCAAGAACAGCAUCGACUCCUGGGACCAGGAGGACAACGCGCGCUUCGACAUCGACGAUCAGCCGAUCAAGUUCGAAUUUGCUCGUUCGCAGCCCGCGCCUUCAACCACGCCGGCCGCAAGUCGCUUCGCCCCCCCUCAACCAAGUCCACUGAAGCGUCGCGAUGGCACGUCGGGUUUCGAGUCCACAAGCUGCGCGACUCCGAAUCCUAAGAGGAGAAGCUUACACGCCGGUUUGCCAAACGAUUUCAAUGUCUUCGAGCAAACGCCAGUACCUAAAUACCACCCGGAAGAGUCUUACACCCCCCAGGAACCUGAGCCUUUUAGCUUGUUUUCUACCCCUGCAGCAAGCAUGAACACUGCGAGCUUGUUCUCCACCCCUGCACCGAACAUGAACUCGCCUGCGCGUAGGAAUACAUCAAUAAGACGCGCCGUAUCCCAGCGUACCCCUGCAGGAUCUCCGCGACCAAAACCCUCCAUGGAUGGAGAAUUCAUGAAACCUGGGUUAGCGGCUUCCAAAACACGCCCUCAAAGGGCCUCUAUGGACGGAUUCAACUUCUCAAGUCCCGUGAGCGGAGAUUCAGUCUUUGGCCGCUCGACAAUGCAGCCUUCUAUGCGUGGCGGAGCUAGCAACGCACCACGACAUCCACUGGCGACGACGGUGACUGCUUCUACAUCCUCAAGCGUCGCGGGUGAUUCUCCAGUCGCUAUGCCAGUUCCUCCGACGCCGAAUCCACGGAAUCCCUUCACCCAGUCGCUGCCGCUUGGAGCUAUGCGCCCGCAAGAAUCCAGCGACGACUCCUUUGGCACACCACUACCAUAUCGACCUGCCGAGCCAAACAUCUUCGCCCGAUCCACCGGUGGACUUUUGUCCAAGAAGAGUCGGGACGUGGAGUCGCCCAAGGCUGAUAAGUACCAGCUCCCUGAAACACCCUCCAAGAGGCACUCUUUUCCUCCUCCCUGCGGCGCGGAAUCGCCACUGUCGCAAAGCUUUCGAACAAGCUUCAGGGACAAGAUCCAACAGCAACAGCAACCCGUGUUCGGCACGCCUAAUAGUCAUGCUUCCAAGCUGUCUUUCAGUUCUAUGUUUGGAAACCCUGACAGUGUUUCUCAACGGAGGGGAAGCCACCUAAGCGUCGACGGACUCGAUGAUGAUGCCUCAGUCUCACCAACAGCGAACCGGAUGACUGACAGUCAGUCAAGUGUCGACGAUAUGCCACCGACACCAACCAAGAACGGCGAUUCGUAUGGACGACGAUCAGGGCGCUCCAGUCUACGCCGAUCGACUUUUAAGAGACCGGUGACUAGAGGAAGUAUUGGAUCAGACACCUUCACAGCUCCGGAGGACUCAACAACACCCCGAAUCGAUACUGCACCUCUCUUCCGCCAUAGCAUCAGUGGUACUACUACUCCACAUACUCCCCUUGGGAAUGAGUCAUCGACUGUGCCAGAUCCCAGCAAACUCAGCAUUUCUGGCAACCGUCCCGGCAUCUUGCACUUCGGGAGCAGUUUCGGAAGCGAUUGCAGCAACUCGUUUCCUCCAAUGACCCCGACGACACCUCGAGAACACUCUUCACUGUUCUCGCGUAACCACACGGCUAUCCCCAUCGGACUGCCGAAGAAUGAUGUCGACGAAUCCUUGGCCGCACGAUUUGGGCAUGUAGAGGUGCUUGAGGGCGCUAAAGGAGAAUUUUCACAGAUGUUCAAAGUUAGCAAGCCGUUGAACAGAGGAGCUAACUCGCCCUUCUCCACCAGCAGUCUAUGCUCGGUUGUGAAGAAGACGAAGAAGGCAAUGAGUGGUCCACUGGACCGAAAGAAGAAGCUACAGGAAGUGGAGGUCCUCAUGGCUCUCCGCGGAAACGACCACAUCGUCGCUUACAAGGAUCAUUGGGAGUACGACCAACAUCUCUACAUCGAGACAGAGUAUUGCGACAACGGCAAUUUGAAGGAUUUCUUGACCAAAGGCCGCCUUGAUGAUUUCAGAAUCUGGAAGAUACUACUGGAUCUUUCACUGGUGGGUCUUGCAAACUUCUGCGAUAACAUACAUGCUAAUCCUGUGCAGGGUCUGAAGUUCAUCCACGACAGCAACUUCAUCCACCUCGACAUGAAGCCUGCCAACAUACUCAUCGACUUUGGCGGCUGGCUCAAGAUCGCCGACUUCGGUCUCGCCACUCCUUGGCCUGCCCAAAAAGGCAUUGACGGAGAAGGUGAUCGAGCGUAUCUCUCACCAGAAGCACUCCAGGGCCACUUCGACAAACCAGCCGACGUGUUUGCUCUCGGUCUCAUCAUGUCAGAAAUUGCCGGUGACUGUGAUAUGCCGCAGUUCGGCGACUCUUGGCAGAAGCUUCGCUCCGGGGAGUUCUCGGUCCUUCCGAGCUUGAGCUGGAGCACUCAGAGCACCCUCAGCCGAGAUGAGAAUGGCGACCCAAUAGAGUCGGCUGCCCAAGCCUUCGUCGACUCGACCGGUUAUCUCACUCAAGAACUGCAGGACGAAGUGGCGAAAGCCCCCCAGUUCAUGACCGAUGAACAUGACCCUAAUUCCAUGGAUCAGGUUGCAAGGGCGAUGAUAAUGUAUGAUGCUGCGGACCGUCCCACAGCCGAAGCCGUCUCCAUGGCAUUCGGCUGCCAAUGGGUGGCGCAGAGACGAUCUGCUGGCGCGACCAUCUACGAGGGAAACUUUGGGCCUUCCGAAGAUACCUUGUGCGGCUACGAACCGAUGAUCACCGACAACGGCGACGCCAUGGACAUGAGCUAG